AUGGAGCAGGAAGAGCGCGAUAGGGCUGCACGCGAGGCCGAUAUGGAAUCGAGGGCCCGCGCCUGCAACUACCUCUCCACCUUCCUUCACAGCUCGCCGUGGACCGACCAACUUGACCAGAUUACCAUCGUGUGGGACUCUGUGCCCUCCAUGGAAGAACUGGAAUCCUAUGGCGAACUGGACGAAAAGGAAGGCACUCUCAACUGUCGACGCCUCUUCAAGGCUGUUGUCGUCUGGGACGAAGUCGGCCAUCUGCUCUGGCGUACGCUCAAGGAUGCUGCCCAACAGGAACAGCAACCUUCGCCUGCCGCUCUACCCACUGUCAUCGAGCACAACUCUACCGACAGCACCGAUACUUGGUGGCACGCCCCUCAUGACCGCUCAUUUCGCCGCGGUUCCCAAGAAACUUCACACUCCAGCCUCGCCUCGCGCAGCUCCGCUGCCACCGACCCCUUCUCACUCGCGCGCGACUACACCACCUUUACUUCGCUUAGCAGCUCGCCAUGCGAAAAUGGCUUCAUGGUCACUGCUGACCAGACCCGCAGGCGCAGCGACUCUCUCUCCGCCAUGAUCCCUCGCGCCAUCUCCCACAGCUGCGUCUCUGCUGUCAAGAAGACUUUUAGCGUCUUCUCGGAGAAGCAGACUGCGUAA